GUUGGAAGGGUUCCAAGAGGCUGCAGUUGGCCAUGGCCUCAGUCUCCACCAUAGACCUUCGUGAGUGACCUGGGCAUUAGGGCUGCGCUGACCUGCUCUGUUCCUGGGAGGAGGACCGGAAGCUGGUCCUGCGUGGCUGGUCCCUCGUCUUCAUCUUCCUGGCAACCUUGCUGGUGUUCAGCGUGGUGGAUGGGCGGAUGGCCUAUGUGCAUGGUCCUUACACGGGCUUCAUCGGCCUCUGGAUUGACUGCAGGAGGCACAAGUGUGCCAACGUGGGCCAAGUCACUGUUCACAUUCACAUGAGCAAGGGCUUCAUAUUUCUGGCCCUGGCACUGUGCCUCGUCCUGCUGCCCGCCAUGUUCCUCUCCUUCCGACCAGUCUGCCGCCGCUUGAACAAGAUCGACUUUGUCUUCAGUUUCCUCAGCAUUAGCAUCGGGCUCCUGAUUCUCCUCAGCUUGACGCUCUUUGUCAUCAACUGCAAUAGGCUGCGCCCGAGGCCACAGGUAUCCUACCAGCUGGCCUUCUACCUGUGCUGGUGCGCCAGCGUCUUGAUGCUGUGGGCCGGAACGCUGUCCUUCCUCAACCAAGUGCGCGUAUGGACCUACACCACACCUCUCAUGGAACGGAGGGUUAGCUACUUUCGUUGGGCCUCGAGACGCGUCUUGCAGCUGCAGCCCAUUUCCGACCAGAGAUUGGAGUCCACCCAGAGUCAGUCUGCUGCAAGCAGCUUAGUGAACCACCUUGAGGCUCCCCCCGGGGGGGACUCUGCAACUUCUCAGGACACUGAGGAGUUCUCGCAGCCAGAUGCCUCCACCUCUGUCCCUGUGACUCCGUCACCAUCGGACCUCCCUUGAGGUCCCACACUUCCCCUGAGAGCAGGUAGCACCCUCUGGAGAUAGGUGGCAAGCCCCGCUCCUCAGCUCUAGGGCCCACCCUUUGUAAUCUGAGUCUUGGCAAGGACCUCACUCUGGAAGUCCUCUAACACGGCGUGUCCCUGGAGCAGACACUGGUCCACCGUCUCAAGCAGCCUAAGCAGUGUGAUCCCGCCCCCAAGCCGGGCGAUGAUCCGCCCCCACAGGCCACGCCCCUAAGCCACUCUCCAUCCUUUGGUCCAGCCCCACCCAUGUAGUCCCCCUCCAGGGGCUCCAGGCGGACACUCUGCAGCCCAGUUUUGGGGGCAGCCCUUGCCCUACUGUGGACAGACCCCUCCUCAGGAAGACAAGGCUUGAUAUAACAUCCCAUCUCCUUCUUGGCUUUCGGACUCAAUAAAACCAGGCCAGCAGUC